GUUUCCCCCCGGAGGACUCGGCUGGUCUCAGGAGCCCAGACGAGACGAGCUCCCUUUCCAUCCUGUCCGUGCAGAUGCUCUGUGCUUGCGCCGCAGCCCAGCAGCCCCAUGUUUGACCCACCGACCCCUGCCCACAAUCACCUCCUCCACUUCUAGCUUCGCUUUGCUUCUCUUUUCUUUCUCUUCUCCGAGGGGGAGCGUCUCGUCUCGCCUAUUGAUGUUCUCCUGGAGUCCUCCUAUGGUCCGUCCGCGCCACCCUGCGUUGGCUUCUUGAUCCAUUUCUUGGCCCAAGAAACCGGAGCCCUCACCAACCGAGAUUCCGAGAUUCCUGAGCGCCUUUGGUUGAUUCGGCGCCGGUGUUUUCUUCCUCGGCUGAUUCGGGGGGAACAUGUCCGGGAUGCAAGAACAGUUCGAGAUCAAGUUCCGGCUGCCGGACGGCACCGACAUCGGGCCCAAGCAGUACCCGGCGGCGUCCACCGUCGCCACCCUCAAGGAGACCAUCAUCGCUCAGUGGCCCAAAGAUAAGGAAAAAGGUCCAAGGACUGUGAAUGACAUCAAGCUUAUCAAUGCUGGGAAGAUAUUGGAGAAUAAUAGAACCCUCUCAGAAUGCAAAAGCCCGAUAUGUGACUUCUCUGGAAUGACAACUAUGCAUGUAGUAGUCCGUGCCCCGACUCAAGACAAACAGUCUGAUAAAAGAGCAGCCAAGAAGACAAAAGAUUUCAGGUGUGGUUGCGCCAUCAUGUGACAGCUUUGUGAACAGAAGCACUAAGUUGAGGUGUUUGCUAUCCAAGUCCUUUUUUCGCCCUUGCUAGAGUGUUGUACGAUGUUUUGAGGCACUUUCCUUAGCUGUAUCAAUGCAUAUUGAUUGCCCAUGAUCUUGAGCUGGAUCAAUUGCAGAAGUUGGAGACAUGAAUUAUUAGUGCCUAAAUUACUAAAAGGGUCCAUCUUAUCUAACUCUGCGUUCUUCAGAUUCUACUUUGUAUAUCUGUCCGGUCACUUGUAUCAGAAACCAAUUAACCAUCAUAUGCUGAUAGACAUGUUUAAAACCAGUUAUUUCUUCCUA